AUGUUGACUGCAUUGAUACAGGCACCUGUCCCACAAGGCUGUAAAGCUAUUUUGACAGACAGCUUUCCUGCUGUCAUGGAUGGCGCGCAAAUACCACUGCGCAAAAGAGCCACUAGCCGGGCAAAAUCGGCUAGACUAAGGAAGCGGGCAAAAGCCCAGCGUGAUUCAUCUGAGUUUGAGUUCAGCGACAUCAAGAAGGAGAGCAAUGAGUCCAUAAUGGAUGCCUCAGACUACCAGUCUAAACCAGAUUCUGAUAGUGUAGGGGGAGAGGAAAUGGCCUCCUCUUACAGCAUGUUCCCCGCUAUGGUUUCUGGCAACCAUUAA